AUGUAAAAAUCAUCUUGCAAUUAUUCAAAUUUUGCUUAAAAGCUCAAAAAAGAAAUGAUUCAUCACUUUGAUAUAUUCAGCUAAUCGCCAAAUUUUACAAUACUCAAGCGUUCCAAAUAUUCCUCAGCAAUUGGAUUUAUCAUCUCAAUUAUGAUUGGAGCCUUUGGGUUUUAUUUUUUUAUCACAGAGGUAGUCUCUAUGAUUUCUAAAUCAAAACCAGCAGUUUAUUAAACAGAAUUAUCUAUAGCUGAAACAGAAGUAAAUAAAAACAAUUUAAAUAGCCUUUGUUUCUUAAAAAUGAUAACUUUACUUUAGCAAUAUCUGUUGUAAACCGAUUUUCAGAACCCAUAAUAGGAAUUGAUCGAUACUUUUAACUCAAUAUCAGUUAAUGCUAGAGAUAAAGGAUAAAGGAUGAAAAUUCUCAAAAAAUUUCUGUGAAAUUAAAGUAUAUAUUUUUAUAUAUUUGUGAUACUCUUAGUUGUACUCAAAUUCCAAUAGAAAUAUGCAAUAUGUCUCACUUCACAACUGAAUUAUAAAAGAAUUAUUUUUCUAUUAUUAGAAUGGGGGGAAUUUAAUGUAUUAACAGGAGAUAUUUAAAUAAUAAUUCUUUAGUAUAAAAAUAUUAAUAAAUUAGACUUUGCAAGGUUAAGUUACAUCUUGGUAAUUCAGAUACAUACUUAUUUAAUUUACAGUUUGUUAAAAUACAAGUUAAUAUAAAAAUUGUGCAUCUAAAGAAGAAAUUGAAACUGCUUUAGAAUCAGGUCAUUACAAUGUUUAUAAAAGUGAUUAUCUAACUACUCUUGAUCAUCCAGAUUAACCUUAUCAAGAAAUCAUUACAAAUGAAUUUACAAGUUUCUCUUUAAGCACUUCUAAGACAAUAUCUUAACUUUAUAGGAUAUAAUAAACAACAACAGAUCAGGGAUUAAUUUGGGAACAAAUUUAACAAUAAUCAAAUAUUUAAUAAAGUGAAUGGAGAGAGAUAUCUGAAUUUUAUAAUAAUCAAUAUUUAAUUGCUCAUUUUAUUAGAUUGGAUUACAAACUAACAAAUAACAUUAGAACCUAUGUUAAGCUGUAAACUAUUAUAGGAAAAAUAGGAGGAAUUUUUUAGAUAUUCAUUAUGAUUAUAGCAAUAAUUUUAAGGCCGAUAGUUGAAAAUUUUAUGAAAUUAGAAAUGGUGAAUUCUCUUUUCAAUUUUUGUGAUUAGUUAUAAAAUUAAUAGCAUUCUAAUGUAACCUAAAAAGAGAAAGAAAUCUAAAUUUAAUUAAAUAGAACUCAGAUUUAGAACCAACACCAAAACCAUGAUCUUAAUAAUCUCAGUAAAAAUCAAUAAAAUUCUAAAUUAAAUUCAUCUAAUAUCUAAACUUGGUUAAUAAUUUUUGGAUGCAAUAAAUCCAAAAAAAAAUAAUUUAUCAUAGCCAAAAACAAAGUCAAUAAAAAUUUAGAAAUUGUCAACAUUUUGAGAAAGUUACAAGAAAUUAAAAUUUUAAAGAAAAUAUUGCUCACAAAUGAUUAAUAUAUUUUCUUAAAAAAGUAUAGAAGAAAAAUUGACAAAAAUGGAGAUUCCUAAAACCAACAUUAGAUAUAAUAAAAUAUCAUCUCUUGCUCUAGAAAUUAAGAUUAAUUCAAUCAAAAGAAUUAAUUAGAAAAUUUUACUUUAGAAUAAAAAAGUUAAUUUGUGUUAGAUUAAAUAGAUAAUUAGACACCUAAGAAUCUAUUUCAAAAAGAUAUUUUUAAUUCUUGUUAUAAAUUCUAAGAGAUUCAUUCAGUUAAUUACGCUGAAAUUUAGGAACCUAUAUCAUAAACACCAAAAAAAUGA